AUUUAAAAUAAUCAUUCUUUUGCAAUUAUUCGAAUAGAUUGGACGUAAGUUCGUGUUAUUCGGUUUGGUGUACAAUUUUUUGCUCGCCUACUGUUUCACACAAGUGCGUUUUUGCGUUUUCGAGUAAAUUCUCCCGCUGCCGGUAAAACGAAUAAUCGUGUGAAUUAACCUUGCGAAUUUUGCGGAAAACAAUAUAAGAUAUGCCGAAAAUCCAGAAGUCUGCUCCCCACUUCAAGGGAACCGCCGUCGUUAAUGGCACCUUCAAAGAUAUCGAUCUGACUGACUAUAAAGGCAAGUACCUAGUGUUGUUCUUCUACCCAUUGGACUUCACUUUUGUGUGCCCAACCGAAAUUAUUGCGUUCUCGGAUCGCGUGUCUGAAUUCCGCAAUAUUGGAUGUGAAGUUGUUGCCUGCUCAACAGACAGUCACUUUACGCAUUUAGCUUGGAUUAACACACCACGCAAGCAGGGUGGUCUAGGCGAUUUGUCUAUCCCAUUGUUGGCCGACAAAUCCAUGAAGAUUGCACGUGACUACGGUGUGUUGGAUGAAGAAACCGGCAUUCCUUUCCGUGGACUUUUCGUUAUCGACAGAAGCCAGAAUUUGCGUCAAGUAACCAUCAAUGAUUUGCCAGUUGGGCGCAGUGUCGACGAGACUUUGCGUUUAGUUCAGGCAUUCCAAUUCACCGAUGAGCACGGUGAAGUAUGCCCAGCCAACUGGAAGCCCGGUGAGAAGACCAUGAUUGCUGAUCCCAAGAAGUCAAAGGAAUACUUCGCCCUUGCUUCUUAAGCAUAUCAUAAGUUAUUAAGGCAGCUGUGGAGUGAAUUGCGCAAAAGAAUAAAAUCAGAUGUUGUAUCCGUAACGACGCUGGAAGUUGUACGUUACAAGAACAAUUAAAAAAUAACUUAAAAAAUCAUUACUGCAAAUUACAAAAGAUCAGCAUUACACAAAAAACAAUAGCACCCAAAGUGCGCUAUAAUGAGGCCCAUUUUAUGCAUUAGCUCGUAAUUCUUUAUAUAUGUAUAUGUAUGUGUACGCAUAUCCAGCAAGUUGUUUUCGUUUUGUAUUAGGAGAACUAAUGCUGAAUUAAUGUUCAUUUGAAAUUCAAUUAAUGUAUGUAGCUGGAGAGUGUUUAUUACAGAAAUAAAAAUGGAAUAAAAAAUCAAUCACUGUAAGCUCACUGUUAUUUCACCACAAAUACAAUUCCGCAGCAAUAAACAAUUUAAAAAAUA